UUGAGACAAUCUAAUCUUUUUCUGGGAGGUUUUUGCGACGGUUACAAAGGAACCUGAAAAACCACUCCAUUUGGCUCCGGCAAAUAUACUUGGUACAAUACUACAAUCUCCAGAAACUCGGAUUUCAGUCGGCAAGGUUGAUAAUGGGUGGGUGUUUAUCGGAUGUUCGAGGAGGGCAACAAGCAAUUGGAGGUACAAAAUCAGCAGGUCCUACUUCUUCUGCUACCACAACGACAACAACUAAUGAUGCGAUUGACCACUUCUACAGAUCUCAUGGCUGCCAAGGUCUUUUUACUCUACUUGAGUUAUCAUUGUCUGCCAAGCAGUUACGUAAUAUGGAUGUGUUUUCGAAGAGCGACCCAAUGACAGUAGUUUAUGCAAAGAAAAGUGAUGGGAAUCUUGAGGAAAUUGGCCGUACAGAAGUAAUAAUGAAUUCGCUAGAUCCUGCUUGGAUAACAAAGAUUUCCAUUGCUUAUCAGUUUGAGAUUGUUCAACCGUUGGUGUUUCGAGUGUAUGACGUUGACACCAAAUACCAUAACAUGCCUCCGAAGAUUCUGAAAUUGGAUGAGCAAGACUUCCUAGGAGAAGCUACUUGUGUUUUGUCGGAGAUUGUAACCAAAAACAGCAAGAGUUUAACACUCAAUCUUUCAGUUAGAGAUGGGCACGGAAUCAUGAGAAGUCAAGGGACAGUUACUGUCCAUGCAGAAGAAACAGUUGCUUCAAAGCAAGCUGUUGAGAUAACAUUUCGCUGUUCCAAGUUGGAUAACAAGGAUCUAUUUUCUAAAAGUGAUCCUUUCUUACGACUAUCUAGAACAGCGGAAGGUGUGACUAUCCCAAUUUCAAAAACUGAAGUGGUGGAAAAUAACUUGAAUCCAACUUGGAAACCAUUAUGUCUGACUUCACAGCAAUUUGGCAGCAAGGAUACCCCUUUAGUCAUCGAGUGUUUUGAUUUCGAUAGCAGCGGAAAUCAUGAACUUAUAGGAAAAAUUCAGAAAUCAGUUGGAGACCUUGAAAAACUAUAUAUUGGGCAAGUUGGAGAACAUUUUGUUAUACCAUCAACUUCCCGGAAGGACUAUAUGAAGAAGCUGAAGGGACAGCUACAUGUAGAUAGAUUCAUCCAGAAAACACAGUAUAGUUUUUUGGAUUACAUCUCAAGCGGAUUCGAGCUUAACUUUAUGGUCGCUGUUGAUUUUACAGCUUCAAAUGGAGACCCUCAUUCCCACACGUCUUUGCACUAUAUCGAUCCGACAGGUCGAUUGAAUUCCUACCAGCAGGCUAUAUAUGAAGUUGGAGAGGUCAUACAGUUCUAUGAUUCUGAUAAGCGUUUUCCUGCAUGGGGAUUUGGCGGAAAGACAACUGAAGGUGUUGUGUCUCAUUGCUUUAACCUGAAUGGAAGCCGUUAUGAAUCUGAGGUUGAAGGAGUAAAUGGUAUCAUGUCUGCCUAUUCAAGUGCCCUGCAUAGUGUUUCUCUUAACGGUCCUACUUUGUUUGGGAAAGUCAUAGAAAAAGCUACACAAAUUGCUGCGGAGUCAUUGCAUAGCCCGACAAAGUACUUUGUCCUACUCAUCAUCACAGACGGUGUUGUUACUGAUCUUCAAGAGACAAUAGACUGUUUGGUUAGAGCUUCUGAUUUACCCUUAUCAAUCCUAAUCGUUGGUGUCGGUAAUGCUGACUUCAAAGCCAUGGAGAUACUGGAUGCUGACAAUGGCAAACGUCUACAGAGUAGCACUGGACGAGUGGCUACAAGGGACAUUGUGCAAUUUGUGCCUAUGCGCCAAGUGCAGGGUAACCAGCUCUCUGUUGUUCAAUCUCUUUUAGAAGAACUUCCUGGGCAAUUCCUGACAUAUAUGCGUAGCAGGGAUAUUAAGCCACUUUACAUCAAUGAGCCCCAAACUUCUGGCAUUAGUGUCGAUGGGCCUCAAGUUCCGUAUCUUCCAUCUCAAAUGUAACACGUGUGAAUGAAAACCCAUCAAUUACUUCUAACCAGAUUGAUCGAAAUACUAGUUAGCCAGAAUAUAUGAAUUACUAGAAUUUUCCUAGGACUUUCUUUACCAGUAGCUACUAGUGAUAGUUAUGGUAAACAGGGUUGCUGCUCUACAUUUAAAAAAAAAUGACAAUCAUCUUGUGAAUAUUAUAAGUACUUAGCAUUGGCACAUUUUAAAUGGGUUUAUCUGUUUAGUCCA